AUGCCUGCUCCCGUGGGUACCCCCCAGACCCUCUACGACAAGGUGCUGUCGGCGCACAUCGUCGACGAGAAGCUGGAUGGCACAAUUCUUCUGUACAUCGACCGACAUCUGGUCCACGAGGUGACAUCACCACAAGCUUUCGAGGGCCUGAAGAACGCCGGCCGAAAAGUCCGAAGACCAGACUGCACUCUGGCCACCACUGACCACAACAUCCCCACUACCUCCCGCAAGACCCUCAAGGACAUCGCCUCGUUUAUCGAGGAGGACGACUCGCGAACCCAGUGUGUCACCCUGGAGGAGAAUGUCAAGGACUUUGGCGUCACAUACUUUGGCCUGAGCGACAAGCGACAGGGCAUUGUCCAUGUUAUCGGCCCUGAGCAGGGCUUCACCCUCCCCGGCACCACCGUCGUGUGUGGUGACAGCCACACCUCAACCCAUGGCGCCUUUGGAGCUCUGGCCUUCGGUAUCGGCACCUCCGAGGUCGAGCACGUGCUGGCCACCCAGUGUCUGAUCACCAAGCGCAGCAAGAAUAUGAGGAUACAGGUCGAUGGUGAGCUGUCCCCCGGUGUCAGCUCCAAGGAUGUGGUUCUCCACGCCAUUGGCAAGAUCGGUACUGCCGGAGGUACCGGCGCCGUCAUUGAGUUCUGCGGUUCCGUUAUCCGCAGCCUGAGCAUGGAGGCUCGCAUGUCCAUCUGCAACAUGUCUAUUGAGGGUGGUGCCCGUGCCGGUAUGGUUGCCCCUGAUGAGAUCACCUUUGAGUACCUCAAGGGCCGACCCCUGGCUCCCAAGUAUGGCUCUGAGACCUGGGACAAGGCCGUCGCCUACUGGAAGUCUCUGGCAUCGGACCCCGACGCCAAGUACGACAUUGACGUCUUCAUUGACGCCAAGGAUAUCAUCCCUACCCUGACCUGGGGAACCAGCCCUGAGGAUGUUGUCCCCAUCACCGGCUCCGUUCCGGACCCCGAGACUUUCAGCACCGAGGCCAAGAAGGCUGCUGGCCGCCGCAUGCUUGAGUACAUGGGCCUCACUGCCGGCACUCCCAUGGAGGAUAUCCCCGUCGACAAGGUGUUUAUCGGUUCGUGCACCAACUCGCGAAUUGAGGAUCUGCGCGCCGCCGCCAACGUGGUCAAGGGACGCAAGAUUGCCGCCAACAUCAAGCGCGCCAUGGUUGUUCCUGGCUCUGGACUUGUCAAGACUCAGGCCGAGGAGGAGGGUCUCGACCAGAUCUUCCUCGAUGCCGGUUUCGAGUGGCGAGAGGCUGGAUGCAGUAUGUGCCUGGGCAUGAACCCCGAUAUCCUGGCCCCCAGGGAGCGAUGCGCCAGCACGUCUAACCGAAACUUCGAGGGCCGUCAGGGUGCCCUGAGCCGAACUCACCUCAUGUCGCCCGUCAUGGCUGCCGCCGCCGCCAUUGUGGGCAAGCUGGCCGAUGUCCGCAAGCUGUCUCACUACACUCACGACUCUACCUUCAAGGCCCGCGAGCUGCCUGCCGAGGAGCCCCACGUUGACGAGAGGACCAAGGACGAUUCCGAGGAGCGGGAGAUCAUUGGCGACCAGCCCCUGGACACCGAGCCUCACACCAACACCCUGGCUGGAGACAACGACUCGGCCGGCCUGCCCAAGUUCACCAUCUGGAAGGGUACCGCUGCUCCCCUGGACCGAUCCAACGUCGACACCGACGCCAUCAUUCCCAAGCAGUUCCUCAAGACCAUUAAGCGAACUGGUCUGGGCUCGGCUGCCUUUUACGAGCUGCGAUACAACCCCGACGGCUCCGAGAACACCGACUUUAUCCUGAACCAGGGCAAGUACCGACAGAGCAAGAUCCUGGUGGUUACCGGACCCAACUUUGGUUGCGGUAGCUCCCGAGAGCACGCCCCUUGGGCUCUCCUCGACUUUGGCAUCAAGUGCAUCAUCGCCCCCUCGUUUGCCGAUAUUUUCUUCAACAACACCUUCAAGAACGGCAUGCUGCCCAUCAGGAUCGAUGACAAGGCUACCCUUGAUGCCAUCGCAGCUGAGGCCCGGGCUGGACGCGAUAUCGAGAUCGACCUGCCCAACCAGCUCAUCAAGAAGGAUUCGGGCGAGACCAUCUGUAGCUUCGACGUUGAGGAGUUCCGCAAGCACUGCCUGGUCAACGGCCUCGACGACAUUGGCCUCACCAUGCAGCAGGAGGACAAGAUCGCCGAGUUCGAGCGACGGAUGACUGCCAACACCCCUUGGCUCGACGGCACUGGCUACCUGAAGCGCCCCGGACAGGGUGGCAAGCUGGCUGCCAAGGCCGUGGCCGUUCCCAAGACAAAUCGUGGCGAGGAGAAGAAGGAGCCCCUGGAUUGGUAA